CAUAUAUACUUAAAUAUUUGUUUUAACCUAUAAUAACAUACAUACAUAUCUUGAUGUACAUUUAAUUACGUAUUAUUAGUAAAAUGUCAUCUUCUCAUACGACAGAAUUGACCGAACAUUUGGUUAAAGAUUAUGGGAAUUAUGCCAAAGUGGAUUGGGACAAUCAGAUGAGAAAUUUCCGUGAUAUUAUUGAGGAUACAUUGAUACGACUGGAAGAGUAUCAAUCAAUUGUUACAAUGGUGGAGAAUGGCAGUGCAGAGUGCAUACAGCAGCAUCUUCCAAAAUUACAAUACAUGAAGGAUGGUAUGACCAGUCUUUGUAGAAGAAUAGAUGCAUUGGAGCAUGUUGUCGCAAUGGCCAAUAUGAAUUUAAGUUCACUAGAAGCCACUGUAGAUAAGGCAGAAACAGAAUUAGGUGUAUCAGAUAGAUUAUUUGGGAUACUAAACCCUUUAUCAUUUUUUGUAAGUAACUUGGAGAAAUCUUUUUUGUAUAAUAAAAAACUCAAGAACCUGUGGUAUCAAAUACGGUGUCAAUAUAUAAAUCACCAGUAA